UACACAACGGAACAAGCGAAAUAGAUAAUUACGAGCCAACGGUAUCGGUAUUCGCAGCAUUCGUGGUCCAUUCAAAGUUCGUCGUCACUCGAGCGGAGCUCUGUGUUCUUCCUGGUUUUUAGUGUGUGUUCUUGUGUUUCCUUGAUACCCAGAAUGAGCAUUUUUGCAAACGUCGAAGUUGGUCCGCCGGUCGAGGUGUUCGCUCUCAACAAGGCUUGCAAUGAAGACCCCAACCCGAGUAAGGUUAACCUAGGCGUUGGAGCGUACCGCACGAACGAGGGCAAACCAUGGAUUCUCCCGGUGGUCAAGAAGGCCGAGGCGGCUAUCGUGGCGGAUGGGUCGCUGAACCACGAGUACCUGCCGGUGCUCGGUAUGGAGAGUGUAACGAAUGCGGCCUCGACGCUGCUCCUCGGUGACGACAGUGAAGCUCUCCAGAGCAAGCGGGCGUUUGGCGUGCAGUGUCUGUCGGGGACGGGCGCUUUGCGUAUUGGUGCCGAGUUCCUGGCCCGUAUACUGAAUCGCACCACGUUCUACUACUCCGAGCCGACCUGGGAAAAUCAUCACAAGCUGUUCAUGUACGCCGGAUUCAGCGAAGCGCGGACGUAUCGCUAUUGGCACCAGGAAAAGCGAGGCAUCGAUUUCGAGGGCAUGCUGGAAGACUUGGGAAAUGCUCCCGAGGGGGCGGUCAUUAUUCUGCACGCCUGUGCCCACAACCCGACCGGUAACGAUCCGACCGAAGCGCAAUGGAAGCAGAUUGCCGAUACUUGCGAGCGGCGCAAGUUGUUCCCGUUCUUCGACUCCGCUUACCAGGGCUUUGCCAGCGGUGACCCGAACAAGGAUGCGUUUGCGGUGCGCUACUUCGUUAGCCGCGGCUUCGAAAUGUUCUGUUCGCAAAGCUUCGCCAAGAACUUUGGUCUUUACAACGAACGAAUCGGUAAUCUGACCGUUGUCCAGAAGGACGCCAAUACUAGUGCCGCGGUUGCUUCGCAGAUUACGCUACUAGUGCGUGGCAUGUACUCCAACCCACCGGCCUUCGGUAGCCGCAUCGUGAGCCGCGUGUUGAACGAUAAAGAGUUGCGCGCGGAGUGGAUGGAGUGCAUCAAGACGAUGAGUUCGCGUAUCAUCAAGAUGCGCAAAGCUCUCUACGACGAACUUAUGGCCCUGAAAACUCCCGGGACCUGGGAGCACAUCACCCAGCAGAUUGGAAUGUUUUCCUACACCGGUUUGAAUGAAAAACAAGUGCAAAUCCUAAUCAAGGAGUUUAGCAUCUACCUGCUGAAAACGGGACGGAUCAGUAUGUGCGGACUGAACGAGAAUAACGUAUCGUACGUUGCCAGAUCCAUCCACGCCGCCGUGACGAGGGAAUAGUGUGCCGUGGACAUUGUGCACCGUACGACGGGAAACAGCUAGCAGCGAAAAUGAAUCGCAGCAUGCGAAUGUCGAACAUUACCCCAAUCUAAUUGCAAUCUCCAUCUCAGGGGUUGUCAGCGUGUUUCAGUUAUGCAUUUUUCUCUUCAAUUUGUGGUUUGCUUACAAGCAAGCGAAAAGUUAAACAAAAAC